CAGAAAUUUAGUUGUUGGGUAAUUAGCGGUAGCGAAUAUGCUAACAUUGCAUGGUGUGAAACAAGCAGUACAGAAAUGUUGAAAAUUUGUUCUAGAUUGUCAACCCUUCUGAGGGGUUCUUGUCAACAGGCAAAUGGUGAGCUGAAGCCGAGUGGAUUAUUAACUCAAAGUUUGGUACACCGAUCAGUUUUCACCAGCGCCGUUAAGCUGCAGAGCGAGAACCCUGUUUCGCCCGAAAAAAAUACAAAAGAAUUCAGUCUCUGUCCACCCUUCCCUGGCCAGGACAGUGCCUUGAGAUGGGCUGGAAAAAGAUUUGAAGAAUUACCAGUUGCACAUAUUAAAGCAACCUACAACAAUACCCAUAUCCAGGUCACUGACUGUGAAGGACAAAGCAUGGUCAGAACUUCAUGUGGAACAGAGGGUUUCCGAAAUGUUAAGAAAGCCACGCCUAUCGCAGCACAAACUGCAGGAAUCUCAGCUGCUGCAAAGGCAAAGGCCAAGGGGGUGACCAACAUCCGUGUGUUGGUUAAGGGACUGGGACCAGGACGCCUCUCUGCUAUAAAGGGCUUGAUUAUGGGAGGACUUGAUGUCGUUUCCAUCACAGACAACACACCUGUGCCACACAAUGGCUGUCGCCCUCGAAAAGCCCGAAGAAUGUGAAAAAUUUGCAACUCAGUUAAUACAACUGACUGUAUAGAAUUUAUCAUGUUUAAAGCGUUACAUUUACUUAUGCAACUCUUGUUCCAUUUCAGUGGAGUUUUAUGGAAAUGACUGUCCAUUCUCAUUGUGUUAUUUUUAUCAUAAUUGUAUUAAAUUGGCUAUGUUUAAA